AUGACACACAUAGUAGAGGCAACACUGCUUCUGUCAUGGUUAUUAUGUAUGGAAUUGGUGCUCAUGCAGAAAAUCAUUCUAGCAUACAAGUACCGCCGCCUCUACAGGAGGAUUGUGACAUUAUUUAUUUGUGGUACCGCCAACUUAAUCAGUUUCACGACUAUAGACAAAAAAGAAAUCUCCGGUAUCCUUGCUGUCUUUGUGCUGAUGGGAUGCAGUGCUAAUGGGACGCAACAAACCUAUGUUGAGUCUAUUGUGUAUCCUUGGUGGAAUGAGACAAGCGAAACUUGGAUCUGGACGGCGAGAUGCGCUAAAGAUAGUUGCACAUACCAAGGUACUUUCAGCUAUGGACGCAAAGCACUCAAGCAUAUCCUCUCAGAGAUGUGGUCUUAUGAAGAACAAGACAAUCUAUUUUCUAGACUUUGCUCUUUUACCAGCAGUGGAAUCAGCAGAGAAGAGUUCUGGAUACUGUUUCAAACUUCUGGGCUUGAUUAUGACAUUCCUGUGUCUGUGAUCCUUGGUAUCUGUCUUAAGUAUAGACUGUUGAGUCCCUCAAAUUCCAUGAGUCCAGGGGUUGACAGGACUAAGAUGGUGGAUCAAUUAUUGCUGCUUUUUCUAUUGGAGGACUAUGCCUUCUCUGGAGACUUAUGGCGCCUUGUUAUGGCACACCACAUAGAAAUUAUGCAAGAAGCACAAUUAUGCAAGAUGCAAACACAGAACUGUAGCAGCAGAGUUCAGUUUGAAAGGGAGCUAGAGUUCUUGGAAGAUAAGAGAGAUAGAGCUCAGUUAGAACUGUCACUAUACUCUCAGGCCACGGAUGUCUUUCAGCUGCAGUUAGGGUGCACUUUCUCAAGAGUUGGUUCAGGGAGCUUGCGCCAGCCAGAUCUAGUGCAUAUGAAAUGCAGAGAGUGGUUAAGCGGUAUCUCAACUGGCAAGUCUAAUUCUGCUGGUGAAGGUAGGCUUGAAUCCACCAAGGAUAAGGUUCCUGCUAUUGUGAAAGAAGAACCAAUAUCCAUCGUGUCCAAACUCAUGACAAUAUACACUAUGCUAGUGUUGCCUGAAGUGACUCAACACCCUUACCAUUUGGUUAGUACAUGGGUUGAGGAAUGUAUGGAGGAAUACUACAUGGACGAUAGAGCAAUGGAACAAAUGUCCUUGCAGAUGUUGAUAUUGCAAGUUGGUGAUUUAUCCGAUGUCCAAGCUGAACAGCACUUCCUUGAAGCUCAGCUGAGUCUAAUGCAAUCAAGACUGCAGCAUGCUCAAACAGAGGUGGAGCUCCUCUCAGACACCAUACAAUACCUUAGUGAGAGCAAUACUACUCUUCUUACACAGAAGAAAGCUGUGGAUGGUCUGACUCCUAACAGUUGUUCUCACAACAGCCCUCCAUGA